AUGGCAACCAUUUGGCAAUUGAUCGAGCAAAAGCUCAUCCAUUUGGGGGUUCUGAGAGCUUUGCUUCAGUCCAAGUUCCCCCAGCAUGCCUACUUGGGUCCUUUGCUUGCAUCCGGUCUCCGGGAUGCAUCUGCUGCCAGUGACCGUCUUGUCAAGGGCUCCGAGAUUCAAGAACCUAAAGAGGUUGUGGAAGAUACCAGGAUAGGUGAGUCAAGCUGCCUGGAGUUGCAACGAUACCAAUUCUCAUUCAUCUUUUACUUAGCAGUCAAUUCAGCAGAACUUCCGUUGGUGGUCAGCAAUCAGACACUUUUGGAAGACAAGAAAGAAGUUGAAAUUACCGUCACAGAAAUUGAACCCGAGGAAUCCGCCGAAGAGCCAACCCUUUCGCCUGCCGAUUCUCUCACACAGCUCGCCAAUGACAUUCUUCAAGUCAUCGAGGGCUACGGGCAGCAUCUGCCACCCAAGCAUGAUGAGGCCCCAGUAACUGGCUGGAUUGGUAAGUCCUUCUUCAUGGACAAAGUGAAGGACCAGCUCAGGAAGGGACAACCCAUUCACCUCAUUCUGCCCGCAUUUCCCUGGAAGAGCAUCAACAAAACUGACAAGGUCACUGGCGUCCUACCUGACUUGGGAGAAGAAUUAGCACUUUCUCGCCUGAACCAGCUAUGCGAAGAUAUCAAGCAGGUCUAUCCUCUUGGUGGUGAGGUUCACAUUGCGACUGAUGGACUGGUGUUCGAUGACGUGGUUGGAAUUUCGGAUGAUGACACAUGGGCGUAUGGCGAGGGUCUCCUCCAGCUGGCUGCGGAAAAGGGUUACGAGAAGAACAUAAAGUUGCUGCGGGUCAUGGACAUCCUCGGUUACACUGAUGGAAAGAUCUUGGACAAGGACCUCUACAUGUCUCUGGUACAGAAAUGCCGCGAUGAGCUCUUGGAGAGCUAUGGACGUACAGAGGAAGAAGUCCGAACAAUGAUGCGCGAAGAUCCCGAUACGCUGCUCACCUACUGUGGCUUUAUCCGUUUCCUUGAAACAGAUCUGAGGCACAGCGCGGUAGCACAAGAUGCCACCAGUGGCCACAAGUUCCGCAAAUGCGUCAAGAAGGUUGCGAUCAAUAUGAUGAUCCGGGCAGAGUCAUUCACCAAGCUCCUUCAAGCAAGAAAGCCGGACCAUGUCCGGCUGUCCAUUCAUCCAUCAACCGGUUCCGUCAAAUUGUCUGUUCCCCUGAUCAUCCAAGGUAGUGGUGCCUUCCCCAAGUCGCCCUGGCACAGCAGCAUUGCGCUUUCCCUCGAAGGACUCUACAGCACUGUCCACUCCAAGAGCGUCUGUGAAACACACAACCUGAUGUACAAGGACGGAAGAGCAUACUACUACCGGGAGAAGUCCGAUCUUUGGGAUUGGGACGACGAGGACGUUGUUUUUGAGCCUCAAUACCCCAACCGCAUGCUCGUCCACCCCCGAGCAGGCACCGAGAGCACAAAGGUGCUCACCAAGGUCCAGUUGGAAACUCUGGAGAAAUUGAGAGCAGUCCACAAGGGGCCAGUCAUGGUGACGGGCUUUGAGAACUCAGCAGCGAUUUCUGCUAACCUGUGA